AAAAAAAGUUGCUCGUUGGCGUUUGUUGUUGAAAUGUUGUUGGCCCUUUAGGUUUUGCCAGCCUUAGGUUGUCGGUCUUUUGUUGUUGGCGGGUAAUGUUAACGCUGCCGCUGGUUAUUGUCGUUGUUGAGUUGAGUUUUAAGAAGAGUGCGACGGGUAUUAACUAAUUAAUGUCAUUCAUUCAGUGGCAACUUAAGUGCAAUUAAGCCAUUUAACAAGGCAACAAUAACAACAACAACAACAAUCGCUACGAGAAGAAAACUGAGCUGAACUAAGCUUUAACAAAAUGACAAAUGCCAUUGAAUAAAACAUAUAACAUCAACAACAAAAACAAGAGCAGAGGAAUAAAAUAACAACAAAACAAUGGUGGUUGGAUGAAUGACGGGCUGGCUGGUUGGUUGGUUGGCUCGGUUUGGUUUAGUUCGACUGGCAUCAGAGCGAAGCGUAAAUGCCAUCAACACCGCCAUCAGCGCCAUUAUUUCAGCAUCCGUAACAUAAACAAUGCUAUCACUAAGCCCCCUGCUUUGUACCUUCCAAAAAAAAGUGGAAGAAAUGAGCUGUUAAUUUGAGUAUACAAGGCCUAACACACACACAUACAAACAUAUUUACACACACACACGAAUAGGCAUAGGCAGGCAUACCUUUGCUUCGAGGUUUUCUUUUUUUGGGGGACUUUUCUUUUCUGUGGAGAUAUGUGUGCCUAACAAAGAUGUAUGGACUUCGAUAGAUUAGCCUUGAUGUUUCCCAGGAAUUUUAUCAAAGCUACACCCAACAACAACAUCGGCAACAACAAAAUCCCCUAUCAUUGAAAUCGAAAAAAUUGUAACACAAAAAAGAAAGGAUUUCUAAUCCAAAGACCAAGAACAGAACAAAAAAAAAAAAAAAAGAAGCAAAAUACAAACUGCCACGACCAUAAAAGGAGAAACACAAAAGACGACGAAGGCGAGAACAACGAUUCAAACGAUAAACCUUAGCCAGCUCAGCAGCAGCUCACCUUUAACAAAAAGGGAAAACAAAUCCACAACGUUUUUCCCCACGUUUUGAAUUUCAAUUGGAAUGAUAAAUUGUGCAUUCAAUUUGUUACAACAACAGCAGCCAUUACAAGAACAACAGCAGCAGCAGCAAAAACGGCAGCAGCAGCAACAAAAUGGAUGGCGAAAAUCGCAUAAUAUUAAAUGUGGGAGGUAUAAGGUAUGAGACGUAUAAAGCAACGCUAAAGAAAAUACCCGCCACAAGAUUAUCACGUCUAACUGAGGCCUUAGCCAAUUAUGAUCCAGUGCUCAAUGAAUAUUUCUUUGAUCGGCAUCCGGGAGUUUUUACGCAAAUUUUAAAUUAUUACAGAACUGGCAAACUGCACUAUCCUACCGAUGUAUGUGGUCCAUUGUUUGAGGAAGAAUUAGAGUUUUGGGGUUUAGAUUCGAAUCAAGUUGAACCCUGUUGCUGGUCCACCUAUAGUAUACACAGAGAUACUCAGAAUACUUUAGCCAUAUUGGAUAAAUUAGAUAUUGACAAUGAAAAACCCUCAGAAGAGCAGGUGGCCCGCCUAUUUGGUUUUGAAGACUCCAUCAACAAGGGCCGCCUAAACUGCUGGCAGCGUAUUAAACCGAAAAUAUGGGCUUUAUUUGAUGAACCAUCAAGUUCGACGGGAGCAAAGGUGGUUGCCAGUAUGUCUGUGUUUUUCAUAUUCGUUUCUGUGAUAUCUUUCUGCCUGAAAACACAUCCGGGUUUUCGCGUAGAUUUUACACCCACCAAUAGCCAACAACACCAACACCAACCACAACAAAUAUCAACUAGCGUACCGACCAUACCUCAGCAUACAAGUAAUAUGCCGCCGCCCACAAUGGAUGCAUCCACCGCCCCCCAUAAUAGCCAACGCCACACAUUACUACAGCCCACAUUCAAGGUCAUCAACUACACCAGCAGCGCGGGCAGUGGUAAUGGUAAUUUUAGUUCGGGUCUUGUAACACCCAUAGCCACCUUUAGCCUGGAGAAGACAGAAGGACGUCGUCGUGCCAGUGAAAGAACACGUCGUCAAUCUGUAGAUGUGAACGGUCUUGGUGAUAAUGAUGAUGGCGGUGGAGGUGUUGGUGGUGGUGGUGGCGGCCAUGGCAACCACAAUGGUGUUGAUGACACCCACAUACACGGCUGGCAUCAAUCGUUUGGCCAGCCACACGAGGCAUUUUUCUAUGUGGAAUUGGUGUGUAAUGUUUGGUUCUUCUUUGAGGUCAUCAUUCGUUUCAUAGUCUCCCCAAAUUUGUGGCAGUUUGUUAAAUCUCCCGUCAAUAUUAUUGACUUUGUGGCCACCUUAAGUUUCUACACAGAUGUCAUGCAACGCAUGGGCGAGUACACCGGACUGUGGGAAGCCUUCUCAAUUGUGCGGAUUAUGCGUCUGUUCAAAUUGACCCGCCAUUCGCCCGGCUUACGGAUCCUAAUACACACAUUCAAAGCCUCGGCCAAAGAGUUGACGUUGCUGGUGUUUUUCUUGGUUUUGGGUAUUGUGUUCUUCGCCAGUCUGGCAUACUAUGCGGAAAAGCUUCAGGAUAAUCCGGAAAAUCAAUUUAAAAGUAUCCCUUUAGGUUUGUGGUGGGCCAUUGUAACAAUGACUACCGUGGGCUAUGGUGAUGUGGCACCUAAAACUUAUCCUGGCAUGUUUGUGGGUGCCCUAUGUGCUUUGGCUGGUGUGUUGACAAUAGCUCUACCCGUACCUGUAAUUGUUAGCAACUUUUCCAUGUUUUAUUCACACACACAGGCUCGCUCAAAAUUACCCAAACAACGACGUAGAGUUCUUCCUGUAGAACAGCCGCGACGUAAACGUGAACCAGUUCCUCAGCCAAGGGGUGGUCGUACACAUGCCUACAAACAAACAUCGCUUGCGCCGGGAGUUGUGGCCACCGGGCAUCCCCAUCCGCAUCACAAUCCAAUGCUGAAGGAAGCUUUUGCCACAGCUAAAAUCGAAACACAAACAGAGAGCAUGAAUGGUGUAAAUGUUAAUGGUGUUAGUAUUAUAGAACGACCACAGAAUCCUCUAGCUGGCAUUGUAAAGAAUAGCACUAGAUCAGCCGAAACAUCGAUACAAACAUCACCGAUGCCUUUGCGAACGGGUCCCUCAGUUAUUAGCUCGGACUUUUUAAGCGUACCAGCAAUGCAGAGCCUACAGCCGAGGGCAGCCACCACCGGCAGUGAUUAUCUAAUGCCACUGCAACCGAAAUUGCUUGCAUCAUUGGAACAAAAGGACCAUCACCAAACCCCCCUAAUGGAGCACAAAGAUAAUAUCGAACAACAACAGCAACACCUACAUCAGGGCCUGCGACAUCGUUCAAAUAUUCGAACAAUGUUGAAUGUCCCACCAACGGUCAGUGUGGUCAAUACACAAAUGCCACCAUGCAGUGGUCAAAAUGGGGAUCACUCAAUGCACACAAUUGGUUGUGGAGGUGGUGACAUAGAUGCCCAGAAAAGUGGCACCAGCAGCCCUGGUAAAACGGCAAUUCCUACAACACAAACACUGCCGCCUAUGCAACAGCAUCAACAAACCCAACACAGCACGAUCUCACCUCAGCACAUGUGUUAUGCGAAUUUUCAGCCCAAGGUGACAUUGGUGAAUGAUGCAGGCAACAUGGAGGAUGAUGAUGACGACGAUGAUGAUCACAAUCGUGAUCAUGAGGCUGAGGCUUUGUGUGGUAGCUGUGAUGCAUAUCGGGAAAAUCUACAACAAGAUUUGACAACAACAACUAGAAAACAAGAAGAUCAUACCAAUGAGGCCAAUAUUGAAGAUCGAGAUCAUGUGACUGAAUAGUCAGGCUUUAAAUGAAAAUUGGAGAAGAGAGAGAGAGAAGAAAUACGAAGACAAAACGUCGUGAAUACAUAUACAAGAAGCACACCCACACGCAAACAAAAAAACAUACAAUGGAAUGCUGACAAAUUCAGGUGAAGUUUUAGAUAAUUUUUAGCAUAACAUUUAAAAUGAAAUCAAGAAAACGAGGUCGGCCUAGUCGACUGGAAAAUAUCCUGCACCGCGCCACCACCAAAUGUUUAUUAUAUAGAGAGAAAUUAUUUUUAGCAUCCAAGGUCCUUUCUGUAGCUUGGUUUAAUUACUUUUUCUUUCAUUAGGAUAGUUUUGAAGUAAGAAGUAAUCAAAGGCUAUAGCCGAGCGGAGCUGAUUAUGUGAUACCCAACAGCUUAUGACGAUUCUUAUGACAGAUCUAUACCCUCAUCCAAUGGCCGCUUAUUUAAAUAUAUUUUGACUUGCAUAAUUAUUCAAACUUUUGACACUUUUAUGGUGGCCAAUAUUUUGUUGGGAGGUACUAGAGUUGACCGAUACAUUCCAUAUUCACAUCAGCUCUCUGGAUGAAAGAAAUAUUUAUGUAGAUCGAGUUUGAAAAGAAUCGCUGACUUGUUUCUCAUGUUAUGAGAGAUUUAAGAAUUGAAAAUUGUGACCGUUUGUGAGAGGUUAGAGUAAGAGUGGGUCGAUAUAUAUCUUCGUCGCAUCAGAUCUUGUUUUGAAAGAAAUGUUGGCUGGUGUGACAUUUGGAAAGAAUCAGAUGCUUAUUUCCUCUUUUAUGAAAGGUAUAAAUAUUCAAAAUUUUUACCCAUUGUGGGGAAGGUACCAGAGGAAGUAGUCCGAUAAAUUAAAUCAUUACACCUCAUCUUGUGUUGAUAGGAACCGAGUUCGAAAGGAAUCUGAUGCUCAUUUCGUAUUUUAUGAGCUUAAUGAUUAUUACAAAUUUUGAAACUUUGUGUGAUAGGUACAAGAGGGGUGGUCCCACCUAUCCAAUUUUCAUAUCAAACCUAGAGUUGUUAGAAAUACUGCGAUAUGCGAAAAUUCAAUACAAUUGGGUUCUUAUUUCACAUUUUAUAAGCGUUGAGAUUAUUCAACAUUUUGAAAUUUAUUGUCAAUUUUUACACCUGACCUAGCACAGAUACAAAUAUUAGGAUUUGAAAAGUUUGAACAAAAUCGGAUGAUCCUUUCUUUUUGCACGAGGCAAUUUAUUUUCUCUGAAAUUUUUGGCAUCUUGUUGGGGAGGUACUAAAAGGAGUUGAUUGAUAUUGCCCAUAUCCGAACUCGAUUUAUGUUUGAUAAUAAUAUUACGAUGUACCAAGUUUAGACCACAUCAGAUACACCUUACGAAAGUUAUUGUCCGCUCUAGCCAAACAGAUAGAUGGAUAGACGGACGUACACCUCUAGAUCGACUCCAAAUGUCUUGAAAUGCAUUUGGUCCAAACGAGACCUUGUCUAAAACAGUUAUUUCGAUGAGGCACUUUUUGGCCAUGUGAAAUGAAAUAACCCUCUAUAGCUACGAGGCUGAGGCUGCUUGACGUAUCAAGACCAAAAUUCAGAUUCAAUCCCUUCAAAAAAAAUAGUACUACGAGACGCUUGGUUUUGUCAUUUUUGGUUGCGGUCGUGAUACUUGACUUCGCGAUAUCGAAUUUGAUCUCUAUAGUGGCUUGUGUAGGGUAUUCAAUAAUAAAAUUAUGGUUUCGUUUUUAAGGGGAAUAUUUGUAAAUUUUUAUAUUUAGUUCAAUUUAAAUAUGAAAAUGAAAAACUUCUGGUAAUUUUAUUAUAGUUUUUACGUUAAUAUCAAAUCUCUUGGAAUAUCCAAUAAUAUGAUUGUGCACUCUUUAAUAUAUCCAUGGCAUACUAAUUUUAAAGAGAGAAGUGUCAAAAAUCUAUACGAAUUGCUAUCUUUUAUUCAAUCGACAAUAUCUCUCACAAAAUUACAUUGCCAUGGUUAGGUUAAACCACAAACAUUAACCCCUUUAUGUAGCAUAACUCAACACUUAUUUGCCCAACAAAAUUCAAUUUGGAAUAACGCUUUAUUGCUUCAAAAGAAACCAAAAAAUAAUUAAGUUUAAAUUAUUAUUGAUGUCGUUUUGAGGAAUGGAAAUCAUGAAAAUCACUAGAAAACAAAACUAAAAUAACUCCACAAAUAUUUAUUGGUGUUUUUACCGAUUCCACAGAAGAAAAACAAAAAAUGCUAGGGAUUAUCAAUAGUCUAUAAGAAGAUUGGUUAAAUGAAGGAAAGAAAAACAGUCGAAGAAGACGAAAUAUUGUUCCAAGUUUGAAUUUUAACCAAAAAUAAAAGUAUUUAGUGAAAUAAGAGCAUUGUAAAAUAGUCUAAUUGAAAAUUUAAAUUAAAUUUAAAAUUAGUAAAAUUGUAUUAAAACCUUAAAACAAACAAACCAAUU